ACAUCAGUGAAAAAAAAAAAAAAGUAAAAAUCUUUUCUUCUAAAAUCCGUCAUAACUUUUCUGGGGCAAGGUGUACGGCACAGCAGGUCUGGAGAAAAAAAAUCCCCAAGAAUACUCAGGUACUGGCAGCCUGCCUCCUGCUGAGCCUUUGAAGUCUGAUUCUUGUACUUGGCAGUAGGGGCACUAGGCAGUGUCGCUCACCAGCCGGGCUUCCUGCUCACUCUGAACUUAAAAGCAGCUGUCCUGUCCCUUAGCUAUGUUCCGGAGCCUCAACAUUGCCUUCAUAAUGUAAAUAUUGAAGUCACAGGGCUUAGAAACACCACAUUUCUACGAGUUUUCAAAUGUCUGCUUAAUUAUUUUCAGGAUUUCAAUUCUUUUAAAAAAUUUAGAAUGGAUGGGAUUUUUUGAAAGGCUACUUUAUUAUGCUUCUGAAGAAAAGCCUUUUGAAAUGGUGCCAUAUGGGGUUUUUUUGGUGAGUUUGUUUGUUUGUUUUUGUAAUGUAGGCAUUCUAGAACAACAGGCACAUGGUAUGUCACAUUUUCUGAAAAGUUAAAUCUGAGCUUUGGUGAUUUCAGUUGUAUCUGCUGUUAGAUUGUAGUGCUAUUCUACUAUUAGUUUUCCUGGCAAUAGCAGGGGAAAUUCUUGGCAUUUUGUUAGCCUGUAAAAAGAAGUUAAUUCAAUUACAGAUUCUUUCUUUCAAUAGCUGCUAAUGUUGCCGAAUAAGGCUUUGAAAUUCCUACUCAUGAAACUUGACCUUUGUCUGGUCUCAAAAUUCCUUGCCAGCAGAUUUAAAAACUAAAAGAAGAUGUCCUUUUUCCCUAAAAUCGUUUUCCAAUAUGAAGUUCAAGAGUAUCUCGCCAAAGUGUUCAGAAAUAAUGAGCUUAUCACUGCUUUAGGUGCACAGGAGGCAGAGAAAAAAUACCAGUCUCUGUUAAGUCAUCUAUCUCAUCCACCAGCUUUUACAACUGUUAGAGUAAAUACCCACUUGGCCUCAGUGAAACAUGUGAAAAAAUUGCUGUUUGAAGAGAUCCAGAAGCAAUUUAAAGGACUAUGUGUUCCAGUUCUCGAGCACCCAAAACUUCAGGACAUUUUACUAAUUCCUGUCAUUGGACCCAGGCGAGAUUUAAAAAAACAUGCAUCUGAAGUCAUAGUUGGAUCCCAGUGUGGAUAUGCAGUACUUCGAGGAGCACACGUUUAUGUACCUGGAAUUGUAUCUACCUCAAGAUUUGUGAAAGCUGGAGAUCUGGUUUCAGUGUACUCAGAUAUUGAAGGGAAAUGCAAAAGAGGAGCCAAAGAAUUCGAUGGAGUCAAAGUUUUCCUUGGAAAUGGGAUUUCAGAACUCAGCCGCAGUGAAAUCUUCAGUUCAAGUGGCCCAUUGAAGGGGCUGGGCAUAAGAAUGAUAGAGCCAGUCUACCUUAGUCCUUCAUUUGACAAUGUGCUCCCUAGUCAUUUGUUUUUACAGAAUUUACCUUCUGUGGUUGUGAGCCAUAUUUUAGACCCUCAACCAGGAGAGAAAAUUUUGGAUAUGUGUGCUGCACCUGGAGGAAAAACAACCCAUCUUGCAACACUAAUGCAUGAUCAGGGUGAAGUUAUAGCCAUGGACAAGAUAGCUAACAAGGUCAAGAAAAUCAAGCAGAAUGCUGAAUUGCUACAGUUGAAUUGCAUUAAGGCCUUUUGCUAUGAUGGAACAAAGGCCCUUUCAGUAGAGGAGAGAGAGGAUAAACAAGAAGGACCUCCAUUCUUACCAGAGUCAUUUGAUCGAAUUCUUCUUGAUGCUCCAUGUAGUGGAAUGGGACAGAGACCAAACAUGGCUUAUUCCUCAACUUUAAAGGAAGUGACCUCAUAUCAGCCACUACAGCGCAAGCUUUUCUCUGUGGCAGUGAAGUUGCUGAAGCCAGGAGGUGUUUUAGUAUAUAGUACAUGUACAAUUACACUUUCUGAAAAUGAGGAGCAAGUUGCUUGGGCCCUGAAAACUUUUCCAUGCCUCCAGCUUCAUCCACAGGAACCUCAUAUUGGAGGAGAAGGCAUGAAGGGAGCUGGACUAUCACUUGAUCAGUUGAAGCUGCUGCAGAGAUUUGAUCCAUCUGCUGUGACAUUGCCAGGAAUGGAUAUUAAUUCUUUGCAAGAUUUCACAGAAGAUGACCUGAUUUCUUUGGCAAAUAAAGACUGUAUAGGAUUUUUCAUUGCUAAAUUUAUUAAAUCGAACAGUAAAUAAGGAUUUGGGAAUGCAACCUGAAAAAAUACCUCAGUGAGUCUAAGAACAGCUCAGACGUGAAGUGCCUUUCUUCCUGCUGCAAUGUUACCAAGCCAACGGGCUGACGGCAGGGUUGCUAUGGCAGCACUAAAAUCUGCCAGCUGUUCUGAUGGGAAAGAGCCACAAGUUGCAGCAGAAAAGUCAUGGCUGGGGGAAGGGUAGUAUCAUUUGUAAGUCUCCCUCUGCUUUUGUAUUUACAGCAGGUCAGUGCCUGAAUGACAACUGCGUUCACUCAGACUGCUGUCUGCUCUGGUUUCCCCUUAUCUGGUGCAGCAAGCGUAGGAAGGGGAUGUAAGCUACUUUACAAAAUGCAAACAUAAAAAAAUAGAUGGGAGCUAUUACAAUGAAUUUUGGAAAGGGUGGUUUCUAUGGAGGUUUACCAAUAGUUAGUUUCCUUAAAUAGUGCUUCUCAAAACAUUGCAACAUUUUACAAAAAACUGUUUUAUAAAUUGAUACUUAGAACCUCAUUUCUCUUUUAUUUUAAUACAAGCAAGAUUCUCUGUACACAUAGUAUAUACACAAAAUACGAUUAGGCUUUGUAGCAUGUCUUUUAUAGCAGCAUGAAUAUAUUAAACCAUCUCACUCUGGGAAUGUAAAUAAAUAUUGUUUCAACAUCAAACUUCCCAUGCAUAAACUGUAUUGGUUCUGAAAUAGCCUAUUGGACUGGCUGACAAGUGACAGUUUUAAAGUCAAACAUUUGUAACAGAAGGGGCUACAAUUAUGAUUAAUAUCAAAAGACAGAAAACAAUGCAUAAUACCAUCUGAAAUGUUGCAAAUCACCUUUCAAACAACUAAGGACAUUAACUCUUUAUUGGUUAGAAAGCAUCACCAGCUAAAAUCAUGAAAAUUGAAACUGGGGAAGCAUGCUAAUGAAAACUGCCUUAGUACAUUGCUCAAAGUAAAUAAUCUAAAUUUCUUUAAAAAUGUUAGAUGUAUUUGAAAAUUCUGCUUCAGUUCCAGUUUGAACAGUAUUCUCAGUCCUGCUGGAACUGACAAUAGCACUCAAGAAGGAAAGCUAAGGACAAGGAAAAACAGAAACUGACAUCUGUGUUUGGUGUUUUCCUCUCACUCAUCAAUUUCCAGUUUUAAAAAGCAUUAUCUGAAAAAGUCUGUCUUUUCACACAUAACUAUUUGGCUGGAUUAAAAAGAGCAAUAGUUCUUUUAUCAUUUGUCUUUCUACUAUAAGAAGUGCAUUUUGUAUUUCCUUGCAAUCAAAACAAUAUACAAUUCUCUUUUUUGGUAGUUUGGUUGUUUACUUAUGUUUUCCAUAAAUUUUUGAUACUGUAUGUUUCCUCCUGCUCUUGAAUAAAAACAACAUGUUGCUUC